GAGCUCUUUUGCAUAGAAAGGUAUAAAUUAGCAAAUGCGGGAAAAAUACACGUGCAAUCUUGGUGAGAUCUGUACAAUAUAAAACCAACAGGAUGGUAGCAAAUAAACUUUUAACCUUGGUUCUGAUUCGACAGUGCAAUAGAGUGCUACUUGGUUAUAAGAAGAAGGGGUUUGGAGUGGGCAGAUGGAAUGGGUUUGGUGGCAAAGUAGAGCAAGGAGAGACAAUACAACAAGCUGCAGCGAGAGAACUCCACGAAGAAUGUGGAGUGGAAGCUCACUCACUGGAGGAAAUAGGGCUCCUGAAGUUUGAAUUUGUUGGUGAUCCACAGUGGUUGGAAGUUCAUGUUUUUACAGCAGAUACUUUUAAAGGAGAACCUACAGAGUCUGAAGAAAUGAGGCCCCAGUGGUACAAUAUUCACAGUAUCCCAUUCAAUGACAUGUGGCCAGAUGACAAAUAUUGGUUCCCAAUCUUCUUGAAAGGAGCAAAAUUUUCAGGAUAUUUCAAGUUUGAAGGACAUAAUAAUAUAUUGAAAACUGAGCUUAAAGAGGUUGAGAAACUACACUACAAUGAUUAUGAACAUUUCAAACUGAAUGGAAUAGUAUGACUGUAAAUAUGUAACUGGAUAUUGAAGUUAUUUUAUUAGAACAAACCAUGUCGAAGCUUGUGAAAUAUUUUACUUGUGCUGCACAUUUGUAUUCAUUUGGCAUGGAAGCCGUUUUAAAAAGAUUUAUACUUGGUUCCUGCUAAAAUAGUGCUCUAAUGCCUUUGUCAAUCAGGUAUCAGCCGUGCCUUUAAUAAACCUUUUGUUUCAUCACUGGCAAAGCUCUGGGAUCUUUUUGUCAUGGAUAUACACAUAAGAACCCUUGAAUUAUUGAUCAACCCGGUUCUUUGCGAAAGAAUCAAUAUUUGUACAUUUACAAUGGUUCUCUCAACACAUCCUAUUUUAAUGGAUACAUUUAUUCAUACAUUCAUAUAAGAUAUAUCUUUGUACUGUGAAAUAUUCAACAUUCCCUUGGUCUGAUAUAAUAACUUUGUUAAAUAAAAGUUUAGAAAUCUGGUUUCGCCAACAGGAUUACUGCUUAUAUUUGUAAAAUAAUUCGUCUUUGACCAGGAUUAGUAAUUUCAUUAUUGAAAAAGUGUGUAAUGUACCUUGUGUUAAAAACACGGAUUAUUUACAAAUGAUUUUAGGUUAUUCAAGACAUAUGCUCCAUGCAUUGUCGUUAAAAGGA